AGCGUAUGUUCGCGCCGCCGCGCUUCUGGCCUUGCCGAAGGCAGCCGGGCCGGCGGCUUUUCCUUCGCGGCCGGCGGACCUCUUUCCCGCCCUUCGCAGUGCCCCAGCAGAGCCGUGCGGCGGCGCUUUCCGACCGCGCCGCGCCUGUCCCUCCCCCCUGGGGGCUAUUUGGUGGCUGGCUUCGGCGGGAUUUGUAUGUUGGCGCGCGGGCAGGAGCUGCCUGCGCUGCAGCAUUACUGCGGCACCGUCCGCCGAGCGGGCCAGCUGUGCCAUUACUAAGCUACCUUCCUUCCUGCGGAGGCCUCGCUGUGACACUACUAUCUAUGCCAACAGAGCGGUCGGCGGCGGGCCACGCUUCUCGUGCUACUUACAGCUGGUUGAGCUACCUAGCCUUGGCGCUAGGGUCUUUAGGUGUUCAGCAGAGGCGGUCGCAUCUUCGAGCAGUUUCUUUUGGUGGAGCCCGACAUUUCUUCAUUGUGCCAGCGCGAUCUUGUUCUAUCUUGGUCAAUUUGCUGCACAGACUAUGUUGCUGUUUCAUUUUUUUCCACAGAUCCAGAUCCCCGGGUUGUUGUGUCCCAGUAGAUACAAAGUAGAGCAUCAGAUAAACUACAGGAGCUCUUGCAUCAACCUGCUGCAUUGUUCUAUCUGUGUAUUUUCUAUAUCCUUUCAAGAGCACCAAGCCUCCGGUCGACCUCGUCUUCUGUGGACAUUUUGAUGCACACCAUUCAUGUAAAGUUGUGAGUAGAUUGAGAUCAUUUAUUAGGAUACGACUUCCAACUACUCUCUUCAAAGACAUGGUGUCAUCUCCGACGUUGCAAUUGAAGGCCGACUUUCACACGACCGAAGAGGACUCCCUGCUCACCACCUCCCGCCACCCGUCCUCGUCUUCAACUCAACCGAAAAGAACUCAUCGCGCUGCACCAAAGGCCUGCACUGAUUUAUCUCCCACAGGAGCCGGCGCAACAAGGAUGAGGACGGGGAAACACCCAACCGGCGGCUUGCUCACCACGGCAGCUCUUUUUUCCUUUGCCGCAACUUGUGGCCUCGUCCCCACGACUCUCGUGUCCGCGUCUGUGGCCGACGGUUUGGCCCCGGUUCCACAGGACCUCCGGGAGUUUUCGGGCUUGAAACUGGCGACGGAGGAGUGGAUACGCGGUGGAAAUAUCGAUCUGGGUCUGGAACAUUUUUGCAACUUGUGAAGAUGCGCCGUCCUGUAGAUCCCACGGAAACUACUUUUCAUCUUGCGCGGGUAGGUGCACGCCUUGCCUGCCAGUUUCGGGCACCAUGCUGAAACAUUAUUUAUCUCUCGUGCGGGAAGAUAACACUAUAGUACUACAAAACCUGUGACGCUGUGCCCUGCAUUCCAGGGGACUGCGCGAGCGCGGUGCAUUAUCCAAAAUCUGCAUGACAAACUCCUGCAAUUAUCAUCCAGAUCACCAGACAUAUUUUCGUCUGAUAGUGGAUUAACGGGACCAACGCCACCGGAGUAGUUCCGUUUCAACGGGGC